AUGCCUCCUCCAACAUCCAGGGGAUCAACCAAUCACAGCAAAGCAAGGCAAGGGACAACAAGUGUAUAUGUGUCAUAUGAAAUUGCAGGACAAACUACUCAGAGCGUGAAAAGAUCCAGCCCUGUUAAUAAUUUACUGUACCUGUUUCAGGAUGAGAGGUACUGUAUGGCACUGACGGCCUACAAUCGUCAACAUAAAAAAGAUAUAAAAGAACUUAAACCCCUUCAACAAAAAGCCUUAGAUGCUCUGGUGGGUGGAGCUGAUUGUAUCUGCUGCUUACCAACUGGGUUUGGAAAAUCUCUGGUUUAUGAAAUGUUACCUUUUGUAGACCCAAAUUCACUGGUUGUUGUUGUUGUGCCUCUCAAUGCAAUAAUUGCACAACAAAUUCAAAAGCUUGGUAGUAUGGCUAUUUGUUUAUCAAAAGGGAAGGAUUUACCAACAAAUCACAUUGCUGAUGGCACGGUAAGAUAUAUAUUCACCCAUCCAGAGGAUAUUCUAAAUAAUCGAAAAAUUACAGAUUUCUUCAGACAGGAUAAUGUAAAAAGACUCAACAUAUAUCUAGUGAUUGACGAAGCACACUGUAUAUUAGACUGGGGGGAGGAUUUCCGACCUGAUUAUAGACAGCUUUGUCAGUUAAGGGCCAUAUUUUCUUGUAGAGUUUUGGCACUGUCAGCCACAGUAACAAGUGUUGGGCAAAAACAAAUCAUGAAGAAUCUUUUAAUGGAGAACUGUAAAACUGUUAUAACAUGUCCAACAAAAGAAAAUAUAGAGUUUAUAGUGCUUAAGCGACCAAGUGCCACUGCAAGAGGGAAUUGUUCCACCACCCCUUAUGACUAUAUAUUUGAACCAUUUUUGAAAGAGCUUAAACAUAUGGGAGCUAGCUUUCCCAUCACAGUAAUCUACUGCAAAUUAAUACAAUGGAUUGGCUACGCACGGGAUCCAGACAAUUUGCUAUAGUGCAUGUAUAGUACCUUGAGUAAACACAAGACUUGAGGUACCUUAAAUUUAUUCAUAUUAAGUACGAUAUGCAUUAUGGAAUCUGUAUUCUCGUCAGGCUGUAACCACUUUGAUUC